CGUCAGCCACGUGCGGUAGGUGACAUUGAUAUUUGAAGCGAACACGCACGCGUUGCGCUUACGGAAGGCGAGCGGAGGCGAUAUUUGCGCGUCAGGGAAAAUCGACAUGAGACCUGCUCUGACCGAACAUGACGUACAGUACCGUAAACAUACCUGUCGAGAGAUCGAGACAUCCAUCUCCAAUACUUGCCCAUCAGGGCUCUGUCCCUUCGAGCCGUGGUCGCGGAAAUGAUUCCCGUCAGUAUAUAAGAAGGUCGGUUUGCACCUCUUCAACUCUUCGCACAACCGUCCAUUUCCGAACCGAAAGCUGCCAACAUGUCAUCACCUGAUAGACACCACGAAAUCAACAUCCAAGACUCAGAUCAGCCUCGCCGCUUGCAGCCGGGGAGCUCCGAGCACACCUUAUCGCCGGCGGGUCGCAACCGACAAUUCCGCAAUGACGCCCCAAAACACAAUUACAGCCCAUUCAUGCGCGAUGUCCUAGCCUCCAGCGUCGAAGCCCUAGGAACCUUCCUGUUUCUCUUCGCCGCCUAUGGUGCAGUCAACGCCGCGUCUGCCGCCAGCGCCGCCGAUGGAGGCAAGGACGCAACGGGCGGAGUCGCGGGCGUGUUGAUGAUCGCCACUUCCUUCGGCCUGUCGCUCCUCGUCGUCGCAUGGGCGCUAUACCGCGUCUCUGGCGGUCUCCUCAACCCAGCUGUCACCGUCGCACUCGUUAUUUCCAAAGCCAUCACCCCACGUCGCGGAGCCAUGUUUGUCGCUGCGCAACUCGUCGGCGCACUCGUCGCGGGUGCCCUUGUUCAGGGACUGUUCCCUGGCCCCUUCAAGGGCGCCAACACUCUCAAGAACGGGAUUAGCAUCGCUCAAGGGUUUUUCCUCGAGGUCAUCCUCACCGCAUUAUUCACCAUCGUGAUCCUCAUGCUCGCCGUCGAGAAAAGCAAGCAUACGUACCUCGCGCCGGUGGGCAUUGGGCUCGCUCUGUUCUUGGUCCACCUGGUGGCGGUUCCGUUCACUGGCUGCAGCGUUAAUCCCGCGCGGAGCUUUGGGGCGUCCGUUUUUGAGGGUACUUGGGAUGAUCAUUGGGUUUUCUGGCUUGCGCCAGUGCUUGGUGGUGUGCUGGCGUCCUUGUUUCAUUUGGGGCUCAAAAGGCUUGACUAUGAGUCGUUGAACCCGGGUCAGGACGCUUCGCGUGAAUCCGAGAAGAAGCAAGAGUCGAGAGAGGUUGAGCAUGCGCAUGGUGGUGGUGCUGGUCGGGUUUGAAAAAGAACGUUCGUGGAUGGGAAACGGACAUAAGGUUAUUAGGUGAACAUGCCUGUAUGUGCCUCUGGAAUUGGACAAAGAACUAUAUACAUACUGUGUGACAUGUAUUUUCUUCAAAUAGAUUAUUGCCAUCAAAAGAAA